AGCUGGAAGUGAACUUCAGCAUUAUAUAAACUCAGAAGCCUAGCCAGGGGGCAGCCAUAGCUAAAACUCACUUCCAAGCUUUGCACCUCACAACUUUGAGCAGGACCCCAAGUCCCAGUUUUUCUGCUAGCUUCCUGUGAGUGAUUCUUGAAGCGACCCUGUAUUGUUUUGGCGUUGCAGUGCAGAGCACUGACAGUUGGGACAUAGAUUUCUGCAAAAGCCUUCUAAGAUCACUUAAUUUGGACCAAAAAUGAAGAGCGAGAGAAAGAGACACGAAUCUUAAUGCUGUCGGGUGUUGGACAGAGGUACAGUAUCGAAUGCAGAAUCGGAGCUCGUGAUUGGAGUCAAAGUGGCCUGUGGCCGAAUUAAUUCUUCACUGAAGAGUCAAAGAUGGACCUCCGUGGAUCAUGGUGAACAUUAACGGGACAUUAUCACAAACAGCCAUGGAAGAAGCUCGACGAGUUCUGGUGAUGGUGGCGAUAUUCAUGUUCGUAUUGAUUCGGUGUGCGGGAGCUCGGCAACAGGUGAGGCUGAGCUCCCACGUCGAACGUGUAGCGUUACUCGAGCUACGGUCGUCGCUGGGGCUCAGGAGCAAAGACUGGCCCCUCAAGGCUGACCCAUGCUUGAUAUGGGUCGGUGUCCAGUGCCAGAAUGGCCGGGUGGUUGGGAUCACUGUGUCCGGGCUGAGAAGAACCCGUCUCGGGCGGAAGAAUCCACAGUUCGCUUUGGAUUCCCUUGCCAACUUGACCCUCUUGCAGGAGUUCAAUGCUUCUGGGUUUUCGCUUCCCGGCACUAUUCCCGACUGGUUCGGCAAUAGCUUUAAUGCACUCCAACGGCUAGAUCUCCGGUCAUGCUCGGUGAUUGGCCCGAUUCCUCCGUCCCUCGGUAACUUGCGUAAACUGAACUAUUUGUAUCUGUCUGGUAAUAGUCUUGCCGGUGCCAUCUCUCCUGCAUUGGGACAGUUAUCGGAACUGUUAGUUCUUGAUCUUUCCCGGAAUACACUUACUGGGUCAGUGCCUUCUAGUUUUGAUUCUCUUGGCGCUCUUACAAAGCUUUACCUUUCUUCAAAUUACUUAUCUGGGUCGAUUCCAGCUGGUCUGGGUAAACUUUCUAAUCUUCAAUACUUGAACCUUUCUGAUAAUAGUUUCGCUUCUUCAAUACCCCUUCAAUUGGGCGGCCUUUCUCAAUUGGUAGAACUUGAUCUUAGUAAGAAUUCUUUAUCCGGGUCAUUGCCCGUGGACUUGAGAGGGUUGAGAAGUCUGCGGAGGAUGAAUGUUGAGCAUAAUGUUCUGGAAGGUCCAUUGCCGGAUGAUUUGUUUAUGAGUCUUAGUUCAAACAUUAAAGCCACAGAUGCCGUGUUCAAUCUCUCAAACAAUCAAUUGUAUGGAUCUCUAAACUUAUCGUCUCUUAGAAAGUUUCGUUUAGUUGAUUUGUCAGAUAACUAUUUCCAAGGCAUGGUACUUGAUGCCAGUCAAACCAAAGCUACUCUGGAUGGAAAUUGUCUUCAGGUGCCGGGGCAGAGGAGUUUGGAGGAGUGUAGACAGUUUUAUAAUGAGAGAGGCUUGAGUUUUGAAGCCCCAGAAACUUCAAAGCCAAACAAAAGAUCGAUAUACAUAAGGGUGGGUUUAUUUGGUGGGAUUGGUUUUAUAGUGCUUUUAGUAUUUGUUACGGUACUUAUCCUAAGAACGUGUGAUAAAGGCGUCGAAAAUCAAAGAGGGACUGCAAAUGUAGGGUCUGUGACAGAAGGAGACUUGCCUUCGCUACCCAAGGAUCCUGUCUCUAUGAUAUGUCUGGGAGAAUCAUUUACGUAUGAGAACAUGCUGCUCUUCACUGAUGAUUUUAGUGAAGCAAAUCUUAUUAAACAUGGCCACUCUGGAGACCUUUUCCACGGGUUUUUGGUUGGUGGGGUCCCUGUAGUCAUCAAAAGAGUAGAUUUGCGUUCCUUUAAGAAAGAAUCAUACAUGAUUGAGUUGGAGUUCUUCAGCAAGGUUGCACAUACUAGGUUGGUCCCACUAUUGGGGCACUGCUUGGAGCAUGAAAAUGAGAAGCUUUUGGUUUACAAAGAUAUGCCAAAUGGAGACUUGGCAAAUUCGUUGCACAGAGUUACAAAUUCCAAGGAAGAAAAGCUCCAGUCUCUGGAUUGGAUUACAAGGUUGAAAAUUGCAACAGGAGCUGCCGAAGGCCUAGCUUACCUACAUGAAUGCACCCCUCCCAUUAUUCACAGAGAUAUUCAAGCAAGCAGUAUACUUCUUGAUGAUAAAUUUGAAGUGAGACUUGGAAGUUUGAGCGAGGUUCAUGUCCAGGAAGGAGAUUCUCGCCACAAUGUGCUCGCAAGGUUCUGGCGGAAGCCCCAAAUUUCUGAACAAGGUCCUUCUGGCUCAUCAUCAGCAACUUGUGCCCAUGAUGUUUACUGUUUUGGGAAAGUCUUGCUUGAGCUUGUAACGGGUAAGCUUGGCAUCAGCAAAUCAGAUGAUGAUGCUACAAGAGAGUGGCUGGAACAAAUGCUUCCUUACAUCAGCUCAUCUGACAAGGAACUGGUAACUACAAUUAUUGACCCAUCUCUGAUCAUAGAUGAGGAUCUAUUGGAAGAGGUAUGGGCUAUGGCAAUUGUGGCCAGGUCAUGCCUCAACCCCAAGCCUUCCAAGCGCCCCCCAAUGAAACAUGUCCUCAAAGCAUUGGAAAACCCUGUGAAGGUGGUCAGGGAGGAGAGUUUUACCUCUGUGAGGAUGCGAACAAUGUCAUCGAGCUCUUGGAGUUUUGCCUUCUUUGGUAGCUGGCAGCACAGCUCAUCAGACGGUGCCACCAAUCCCGGCCAUACUGGUACCAGUGGCUCGAGACAGUCUGGGAGAGUAAAUUCUCAUGGAAGUGGCGGACAUGAUCACUCAUCUUCAAAUAAAAGGUUAUCCAGUGAAAUUUUCCCUGAACCAAUUGAAAUGCUAGACCUAGAGAGGCAAGAUGAACAUUAGCUGAAGAGGUGAGUGUUUGUUGCCUUUUGUUGAUAAUACUGGGGACUGCACAAUUGCCUGCCUGGCUGCUCAACAGCACUCCCAAACAGCAACCUUUUCCAAUCUCCUUUGAUAUGUGGUCCAAAGCCAUCUAAUGAUAUGUGGUCUGCUGACUGAUCUGAUGAGGAGUACCUGGUGGGGAAAAUGCUGUUUUACGCCGACAGAAGAUAUCCAAUGAAGGGGGUCCUGUAAAUUGAACCAGACUUAGAAAUAUUGAAAGCUUGUUUGUUAUGAAAGCAAAUUGCAAUUUUUUCUCUGCUAUGGAAGCUUUCUCAUAGAUCCCAUACGUGUAAGAUAUGAUUGUAAGAUGUUAGAAUUUCUUCUUGUGGGAGACUAUUGAGUCUUUCUUAGCAGAAAAAGAAGAAUAACCUGUGCAAAAUAGGGCAUUGUUGUACUUCGAAUUUGUUCAGUAAUGGAAAGCUACUCGAUGUUUCUGAUGAA